AACAUCUCUCACUCCAUCUCUCAUCACACACCAUGGCCACCACUGUUACUCUCAAGCGCACCGGCGCGAAGAUGCCUCUUGUCGGCUUCGGUCUCUGGAAGGUCACGAAGGAGACUUGCGCCGAUACCGUGUACAACGCGAUCAAGGCCGGAUACCGUCUUUUUGACGGCGCUUCUGACUAUGGUAACGAAAAGGAGGCCGGUGAGGGUCUCGCGCGUGCCAUCAAGGAUGGUCUCGUAACCCGCGAGGAUGUCUGGAUUACGUCCAAGCUUUGGAACUCUUACCACGAGAAAGAGCGCGUCGAGGAGGGUGCUCGCAAUUCUCUGGCGCUCUGGGGUCUGGACUACUUCGACCUCUACCUCAUCCACUUCCCUAUUUCUAUCGAGUACAUCGACCCCAAGGUCAAGUUCCCCCAAGAGUGGUGGGGACUCGACGGCAAAGUUCAUCCCAUCAACGUCCCCUUCCAGGAGACGUGGCACGCGCUCGAGGAUCUUGUUGACAAGGGUCUGACGAAGAACAUCGGUCUGAGCAACGCCCAGGGUGCUCUCAUCUACGAUGUCCAACGUUACGCUCGCAUUGAGCCUCAAGUUCUUCAAGUCGAGAUUCAUCCUUACUUGACCCAGGAGGCCCUAGUUGACUACUCCAAGUUGCUGGGUAUCGCUGUUACUGCUUACUCGUCCUUUGGCCCUCAAAGCUAUGUCGAGCUUGGUGCCCACAAGAACACGAGCAGUCUGCUCCAGCACGACCUCGUUGCGAACAUUGCGUCUAAGCACUCGAAGACCACCGCUCAGGUUCUACUUCGUUGGGCUCUCCAGCGGGGUCUUGCGGUCAUCCCCAAGUCCAACAACCACGAGCGUUUGGUGCAGAACUUGGCAAUAACUGAUUUCGAGUUACCCGAAGAGGACGUCAAGGCACUCAGCGCACUCAACAUUAACCUCCGCCUCAACGACCCGGUCGACCUCGACCCCCGACUGGCGAUCUUCGCGUGAGGAGACAUACGCGUCGUCGGCGACGAUGUACGGCCGCAGCAGUGCUUAUUAGCUUUGUAAGAUUACGAAUAGACCGCGGAAUGACUCAAGAAUACCAUGUGCAACUAUGACUUGCGUAUGGAGAGAGUCAUGUC